UGCCAUUCAAUAAUGCCCUAAGGAGGAAUCCUAUUCAUCUGGCUCUCUCGAGACAGGAUAUGUGGGAACUCAUAUAGCCAAGCUGCAGACUAACAGAAGCCAUUAAUCCAGUGUCCAUCAUAAACCUCAUCUAUCUGGAGUCUAUGAAAAGGAAGUCUGGAUCCUUGAGAGUCUUCUACCUUAGAGGGCUUCCAGGGCAGCGAUUGAGGAGACCUUACCAAGGAGCACCACACAGUAGAUGCUGAGACAUCGUACUCCAGGAUAAGAAACAGUAACAUGGCAGCACCUGCUUGAAAGAAAUUAAAAACCAACAGACUCCAUUUAGAAAGGAACAAUGUCCAAGAAAGGGCGAAAUAAGGGCGAGAAGCCCGAGGCACUCAUUGUUGCCCUUCAAGCUGCCAAUGAAGACCUCAGGACCAAGCUCACAGACAUUCAGAUAGAGCUGCAUCAAGAGAAGUCCAAGGUAUCAAAGCUUGAAAGAGAAAAGACUCAAGAAGCGAAGAGGAUUCGUGAGCUGGAGCAGCGCAAGCACACGGUGCUGGUGACAGAACUCAAAGCCAAGCUCCAUGAGGAGAAGAUGAAGGAGCUGCAGGCUGUGAGGGAGAACCUUAUCAAGCAGCACGAGCAGGAAAUGUCAAGGACGGUGAAGGUACGUGACGGAGAGAUCCAGAGGCUCAAGUCUGCUCUCUGUGCUCUCCGAGACGGCAGCAGUGACAAAGUAAGGACAGCGCUCACCAUUGAGGCCCGGGAGGAGGCCCGGAAACUGUUUGACACAGAGCGCCUUAAGCUCUUACAGGAAAUUGCGGACCUGAAAACGGCCAAGAAGCAGGUGGACGAGGCUCUGAGCAAUAUGAUCCAAGCAGAUAAAAUCAAGGCUGGGGACCUUCGGAGUGAGCAUCAGUCCCACCAAGAAGCCAUCUCGAAGAUCAAGUGGGAGUCGGAGCGGGAUAUUCGGAGGCUGAUGGAUGAAAUCAAAGCCAAGGACAGGAUCAUCUUUUCCCUGGAAAAGGAACUGGAGACCCAGACAGGCUAUGUACAGAAACUCCAACUUCAGAAGGAGGCUUUGGACGAGCAACUCUUUCUGGUCAAGGAGGCUGAGUGCAACAUGAGCAGCCCAAAACGAGAAAUUCCAGGAAGGGCAGGUGAUGGUUCCGAACACUGCAGCAGUCCUGAUUUGCGAAGAAAUCAAAAGAGAAUAGCUGAACUGAAUGCCACUAUAAGAAAAUUAGAAGACAGGAAUACCUUGCUUGGAGAUGAACGAAAUGAACUGUUAAAACGUGUGCGGGAAACCGAAAAGCAAUGUAAACCUCUCCUGGAAAGGAACAAGUGCCUCGCCAAGAGAAACGAUGAACUGAUGGUGUCCUUGCAGCGCAUGGAAGAAAAACUAAAAGCCGUUACCAAGGAAAAUUCAGAAAUGAGAGAAAAAAUAACAUCCCAUCCACCCCUGAAGAAAUUAAAAUCUCUGAACGACCUCGACCAAGCUAAUGAAGAACAAGAAACAGAGUUUCUAAAACUUCAGGUCAUUGAGCAACAGAACAUUAUUGAUGAGCUCACAAGGGACCGAGAAAAGCUCAUCCGUAGAAGAAAGCAUAGAAGAAGUUCCAAGCCAAUUAAGAGGCCUGUUUUGGACCCGUUUAUUGGCUAUGAUGAGGACUCUAUGGAUUCAGAGACAUCAUCCAUGGCCUCAUUUAGAACAGACAGAACACCAGCUACUCCUGAUGAUGACUUGGAUGAAAGUUUAGCAGCUGAAGAAUCUGAACUAAGAUUUCGACAAUUAACAAAAGAAUAUCAGGCCCUCCAAAGAGCGUAUGCCCUCCUACAGGAGCAGACGGGAGGCAUCAUCGACGCUGAACGAGAAGCCAAGGCUCAAGAACAGCUCCAAGCAGAGGUGCUAAGGUAUAAAGCCAAAAUUGAAGACCUGGAAGCGACUCUGGCUCAGAAAGGGCAGGAUUCACACUGGGUAGAAGAUAAACAACUUUUCAUUAAGAGAAACCAGGAGCUUUUAGAAAAGAUAGAAAAACAGGAGGCAGAAAAUCACCGGUUACAACAGGAACUACAGGACGCCAGAGACCAGAAUGAGCUGCUGGAGUUUCGAAACCUAGAGCUAGAAGAGAGAGAGAGACGAUCCCCUCCAUUUAAUCUCCAAAUUCACCCAUUCUCAGAUGGUGUGAGUGCUCUACAGAUCUACUGUAUGAAAGAAGGUGUUAAGGAUGUGAACAUCCCUGAUCUCAUAAAGCAGCUUGAUAUCUUGGGUGAUAAUGGGAAUUUAAGAAAUGAAGAACAAGUGGCCAUAAUUCAGGCCAGCACUGUGCUGUCCCUGGCAGAGAAGUGGAUCCAGCAGAUUGAAGGAGCAGAGGCUGCCCUACACCAGAAAAUGAUGGAAUUGGAAAGUGACAUGGAACAGUUCUGCAAAAUAAAAGGCUAUCUGGAGGAAGAACUAGACUACAGAAAACAAGCUCUUGACCAAGCAUAUAUGAGAAUCCAGGAACUAGAAGCUACUUUGUACAAUGCUCUACAGCAAGAAACUGUUAUCAAGUUUGGUGAAUUAUUAAGUGAAAAACAGCAAGAGGAGCUGAGGACGGCAGUAGAAAAGUUACGGCGGCAAAUGCUGAGGAAGAGCAGAGAGUAUGACUGUCAGAUUCUUCAGGAGAGAAUGGAGCUCUUACAGCAAGCUCAUCAGAGAAUUCGUGACUUAGAAGAUAAAACAGACAUCCAGAAAAGACAAAUAAAAGACUUAGAAGAAAAGUUUCUGUUUCUAUUCUUGUUCUUCUCUCUUGCCUUUAUUCUAUGGCCUUGAUGUCAAGGUGCCUCUUAAAGAGUAACCGAAAACAUGGAUAAGAUCCCAGGAAGACAAAUGCUUCUAAACCUUCAAAGAUGGCAAAAUUGUUUACACCAGUGAGAGGGAGAUCAAAAGCUAAGAACUACCCUGUAGCCAGGACUACAACUGUGUAUUUUAAAGCCAUUAUUCAAGGUUUCUUACUUGACAGUUCCUACACAACCCUGUUGAAAAUCUACAAUAUAUGCUGCAUUUAAUGAAACAUGUAUAUGUCAAAUCAGAAGAGAAGAACUAUAAACAUAUAUUGUGUAAAGAAAAAGUUCAGCAAUGGAACUAGUUUCUGCAGAUCAAGCAAAGAUGUGUCUUGGGCAUGGAACCAAAGUUACAAUGAAAUAUUCAACCCCUGCUGUGCAGGGGGGUCAUUUUAAUGUAACACCACACCCCAUGGAAACACUAGUCCUCAUAAUAAACAUCAUUUUAAAAGAUCAAAACAAACAAACAAAAAAAAGACAAGGGUGGGUGGGGAGUGAAGCACGAGGAAUACCUAUGAAGAGCUAUUUACAAUAAAAUGUUUCAUUUGAAAA